GCUGUAUACGGAUACCUGGGUUUUUAAUGUGCUGUUGCUGCUGUAGUUAUUUAUUUAUUUAAAACCCAUCUCAUGGAAAGUGAGAGCUGGAUUAAAGCUUAAUUAUAGGUGAUGAUUUCAUGCUGGUUUUCUGCAGAGACUUGCGGACGAAUCAGAGCGUUUUAUUAGCGACUCACAGUAAUAACCAGUACAGAAACAGUCCGGUAUGGAUGAUUUUCUGUUAGAGCUGAACGUCUCAGCGGCGGAGCAGAGCGAUGAGAUUUCGGAUGAGGACAGAAGUGAGAGCACGCUGAAACAGAGCCGCUUACUGCACGUGGACCCCGCCAAAGGGCAACAUAAAGAAACUGGAUUUCAUAAAAGUACAAGAUUAUGUCUUCGUGCCAUUAGAGAUGCCAUUCUGCAUCAUCGCUGGGAAGAGGCCGUACAAUAUUUAGAAGUUUACACUCAAACGCUGGAAGACACCACAGCUAGCAAGCAAUUGGCAGCUUGUGAGAUUUUUUGGAGACUCGGCACUGAAGUCCUCAAGCAUCAUCCAAACAAACAGAUGGAGCAGUUUAAUAUUUUGUAUGAGAGGAUGAAAAACACUGGAGUGAAAAAUUACGCUAAGAUCUGUCUGGAACACAUGUUCCACCUGCUGCUGAACGGCCCCAUUCACAACGCCAAGCAGCAGCUUUCUAUUGCGAUGAACUGGAGGUACGGCAAGCAGUCGGAACACCAGUCUCUGGAGUUAAAACUCAUCCAUGCGUACUGCGGCUUCCUGGAUUAUUUGGUCUGGUCCACAAAGAGGACGUCUAUUUCUGAUGCAGAUGAUUGUGUAAGUGAGCACGAGAUGCACAGCUACUUCAGACAAGCCUCUGUGACCCUGCAGGAGAUCGUUAAGCAGCCAGGAGUGUGGGACCCUUUCAUAUGUGGUUGCAUUGAUAUGCUAGAAUUCUACAACGAUAAAGAAGAAGCUCUACAGUUACUGCUAAACUAUGCAUAUAGCCAGGAUUACCCAUCAAACCCCAAUGCUCACGUUUACUUGUACAAGUUUCAGAAAAGAAAUAAAGCUUCACCAGCUCAACUUAUUAGCACCCUAAAGGUUCUGCACUCACUGGUUCCCAGUCAUGAGCUGAUGCUGGAGUAUUGCACACUUUUGAUAAGCUCAGGAGAGCAGAAGAAUCUGCAGCGUGCUCUUAGUGUUCUAAUGAACCUUCUCGAAUACUCCAGCUGGAAGACUGACAUGAAAGCAUGGAACUGCCUUCUGCAGCUUCUGCAGCGUCUCAAAAACAAAAAGUUUAAGAAUCUAAUAAAAGCAGAGUGGGAAGAAAGGAAAGACCUUUGGAUGAAAAUGCAUUAUAAACCCGUUCACAGCAGGAGAGAGAGCAUGGAACUUACGAAUGUCAAAAUCCAAGUCAUGCACUUCUUUGGCGUAUAUAACAGACAUUACAACAGGGUGUACUAUCAAGAGAAAAAAAGAAAAAAGAACGACUCAGAAAAAGGAAGGACAUGAUGUUUUGAAAGACUUCAGCUUGCUGUCCAUCUGAAAAGUUGUCCUGCAGUCGGCGAUGGGACUCAAUGAAUAAACCACAAAUUGCUCUGUGGUCACUGAGGAUCCCAUGUUUUUUUUUUUUUUUUUUUUUGCAAAACUUUAACCUGAGAUAAAAAAAAAAAAAGUGAAGCUACAAAUAUUGGCUUUUGAGUUGGGUGCUGUUUAUGGAAACGCACACAAUGCUAUACACUUGAUCUACCCUUUAAUGUGUAAGGGAAUUCUCAGAGUAGACUGUCUCAGUCACAAAUUAACCAUAAAGCUGUAUUUCUACUUGUAUGUCAAUGAUGUCUUUAAUAAAUUAUUGGCUGUUUGUAUAUAAAAGCACAAGAAUUUUUAAUAAAUUUUUCCAAGUUUA